UUCCCGGGCCGGGGGCGCAGGGGCUGCGAGGGGAAUCCCCGGAUGCGGGGCGAGCGCGUGCGCAGGAUGCCUUGCUGGCGCAGCCUCCCCGCGCUGCUCCUCCUCCUCCUGCUGCUCCCGGGCGCCCCGGAUGCGGAAGUCGCGGAAGUCCGAGCAGCGGGACAGGAAGUCCCGCCCUGUCCCGCCCGCUGCGCCUGCUACGCCCCCGUCGAGGUCCACUGCACCUUCCGGUCGCUGGCGUCGUUUCCCGCCGGGGUCUGGCGCGGGGUCGAGAGGGUCAACCUGGGGUACAACGCGAUGACGUCACUCCCGGCCUCCGCCCUGGCCGGGCUCUCGCGGCUCCGCCUCCUCCUCCUGCACGGGAACGAGAUCGAGGAGAUCCAGGACGGCGCCCUGCGCGACCUCGGCGCCCUGCAGGUCCUGAAGCUGAGCUACAACCGCCUGCGCGCGCUGACGGCCGGGGCCCUGCGUGGGGCGCGGGCGCUGACGCGGCUGCACCUGGACCACAACCGCCUGGCGGCGCUGGACGCGGACGCGCUGCUGGGGCUGACGUCGCUGCGGCUGCUGACGCUGGAGGGCAACGCGCUGGCCUCACUGCCGCCGGGCGGGCUGGCGACCUUCGACCUCCCCGCGGGCCGGGGGCGGGGGCGGGGCCCCUUCCGCGUGUCCACGCUGCGCCACCUGUCGCUGGCGGGGAACGCGCUCACGUCGCUGCCCCCCGCGCUGCUCCCCGCGGCGCCGCUGCUGGAGACGCUGGCGCUGCACGGGAACCCCUGGGCCUGCGACUGCGCGCGCGCGGGCUGGGUCGGAGCCUGGACGGCGGGGGUCAGAGCCGCACUGCGCUGCCGGAAGGACAAGGACGCCGAGGGCGGGACUUCCUGUCCCGUGUGCGCCAGCCCCGCCCACUUCCGGAACCGCGACCUGCGCGACCUCGGGGCCGCCGAUGUCACCUGCGCCUCCCCCGCGCUGCACUCGCCGCUGCGGAAGAACGGAACUCGCGACCGGGAAGUCGAUGACGAUGGCGAUGACAUCAUCGCCCUUGGCGGCCCUGGUGACGACGUCAUCGGAUUGGAAAUGGCGGACGCGCACGGGACCCGCGUGACGCUGGCGUGCGACCCCAGAGCGGCGGGGCCUCCGCGGGUCACGGACGUGAGCGCCGCCGACCCGGAAGCGGGAGGGGCGGGGCUCGUGGUGGAGGCGGCGGUGACGCUGGACCUGGCCUGCGCGGCGACGCGGGACGGCGACUACGAGCGGACGUGGCGGCUGCUGGCGUACUACGGCGAGGUCAGCGCGGCGCUGGCGGCGGCCGACCCGGAACCCGGAAGUAACAACACCGGGAACGGCGGGAAGGACGACAUCACCGCCCGCUACGCCCAGGACCCGGACGACGCGGACGCGCUCUACUACACCGGGCUUCGCGUCAACCUGACCACGCCCCCCGAGUGGGCGUGGCUCCUCGCGCCCCGCCUCUUCCGCCUGCGCCUGGACAGGAAGCGCACGACGGCCCGGCGCGUCCUGGUGACGUACGAGGCGCGGCUGUCGCGGACGUUGCCGGGCGACGCCGAUGAUGUCAUGGGUGACGCGGACGGUGACGCCACCCCCUGGGUCGCCAUCGCCUCGGAUCCGGAUGCCGGCGGCGUCAUCGCCCGGGAGGGGGAGGACGUCCGCCUGCCCUGUGAUGUCACCGCGUCCGCGACGGCCUCGGUCACGUGGCGGCUUCCGGACGGCGCCGUGGCGACCGGGACCCUGGUGGCGGCUCCGGCGGAUGACGUCGAGGCGCGGGCGCAAGGCGACGACCUGAAAAGGAAGCGGAGUCGCGGGUCGCGCGUCCAUGACGUCGGCACAGCCGUGCCCGUCGCCGGGCAGAGGCGGAAACCGCGGUCGCCGCCGCGCCCUGACGUCACCGUCCUCGGCGACGGUUCCCUGCUCCUCCGCGCGGCGAGGACGGAUGACGCCGGCCGCUACGUGUGCGCCGUGAGCGUGGGAGCCGCGCAGGACCGGGCGACGAGGCGCCUGGUGGUGACAUCGCGCUCCGGGCCGUCGCGGGACGAUGACGCGGCGAUGCUGAGGGCGACGCCGGGCGCCGUGCUGACCCUGCCCUGCGCCGUUUCCGGGGCCGCGACUGCCGCCUCCCUGGCCUGGGAGCUUCCGGGCGGGCGGCUGCUGCGUCGCGGGGAGAACGCGUCAUCAGGCGGCGCCGUCGUGGACGGGAACGGGACUCUGGAACUGACGCCGCUGCGGGGCGGGGACUCCGGGCGCUUCCGGUGCGUCGCUGUCAACCAGGCCGGCAGCGCCGCCUUCACGGUGGAGGUCGCGGUGGACGCGGCCGGGGCGCGUGGGGAUGACGCCGGCGCUGACGUCACGGGCGGCGCCGCGGAGGAGGCCUCGGGGGCGGGGCCUGGGGACGGGAAUCGGACGACGGCGGGAGCGGAACUGAGGGCCGCGGACGAAGGAGACGGGGACAGGACUGGCGGGAACCGGUCUUCGCGGACUGGAAGCAGGAAGUUGGCGCCGGGAACCGGGGAGAGGCAGAACCGGAAGUCGGCGGCCAAGCGCCGAAAAUCGACGGCGGCGACGCCGGAAGUGACGUCGCUCGGACCGUCGCCGGGGCAACCGUGGAAGCUUGUCGCGGAACCUGGAGCCCCCGCGGGACGGGAAGGGAGGCGCGGCCGCCGCGUGCACGUGACCGACGCCCGCGUCCUCGCCCGGGUCCAGGGCCGGAACCUCCCACGUGCUGGAGGUGAUGCUACAGAGGCCACGCCCACUCCCGGCGGCUUCCCCUCCCCCGCCCCCGUGGUCGCCGCGGAAACGGACGCGGAAAUCGGCGGUGAAGCCCUACUUCUCGUCACUGACGCCGCUGAUGUCAUCGGCGCCAAUGACAUCAUCCAGAAAGGUGACAUCACCGUCUCCCGUGAUGAUGUCAUCGGUGGCGCCGACAUCGCCAACGCUUCUGAUGUCGCUAACCGCACCGGAGGAGGCUGCGCCAAUGCCUCCUAUGACAUCAUCAACUGCGCUGAUGUCAUCAACGCCAGUGACAUCGUCAACAGGACCCAUGACAUCAUCAACACCACGGUCGCCAACGUCUCCGCCCCCUGCGCCGAGGAGGAGGAGGCGGCAGAGACGGAGGAGGAGGAGGAGUCCGUGGAGGCCCCGCCCCUAAUGUUCCCCGGCCUCCGUGACGUCAUCCCGGCCCCGCCUCCUGCUCCCGCGUUGCGAUUCCAGCCGGGUUCGAACUCGGGUUCCUCCGCGGGCGGCGACUUCCAGCUGUGGCCAGCGUCCAGCGCAUCCGGGUCCUCGGAGCAGCGGCCGCGGGGCGGGGAAUUCCGGUUCCGGACGGUUGGCGCCUUCCCGCCGAGCCGGAAGGGGAGCCGGAGGCGGAAGUGGCCGUGGGGAAUCCCGCUGCCGACGACCUCCGACCCCCCCACUUCCGGGUGGGGAACCACAUGGGGGACCCAGGCCUCGCCCAUCAGUGAUGUCACCGCAACCCCGCGGGACCGGCGCGGCCGGAAUCGGGCGCGAAACCGGGGCCGCCAAGCCCCACCCCCCACAACUGGUCCGGCGCAGCUGCAGCUUCCUGUUCCCGAGUCCCCGCCCCCGGAAGUGUCGUCGCCGCGGCGCAAGUCAGGCAGGAAGUCGGGUAGGAGGCGCACGACCGCGAGCUCACGGGAACUGGAGGUCGUGACCGCGGGGGGCGGGGUCUCCACCUCCUCCCCUGUCCAUCAUGCCUGGUCGGUGACGUCACUUCCUGUUACGAGCCCGAUGCUUGGCAGCGCCACGGGGGCUUUCGCCGACGUCACCGCGUUUUCUUUAAACGACGCCGUGACCAAAACCGCGACGGAUGACAUCAUCAGGGGGACGGAGGAUGGCGUCACGGCCCAGACCGCGACCGAUGACAUCACUGUCUUCACUGACGACGCCGUGGCCGGGAUCUCGACCGACGACGUCGCCGCCUCCACGGAUGAUGUCACGGAUGCCACGGCCGAUGACAUCAUGACUGAGCCAGAACCUGACACGAUGCCCAAGGUCGGGACUGAUGAUGUCAUCCACACGUUCAUGACCCCCGACCUCGUGGCUGACCUCGCACCCGGCACCCUCACCGCCUUGCCCAAGGAAACCACGGGCGACGUUAGCGACUGGAGUGACAUCACAAGCGAUGGCGUCACCACGGAGACCCCCGCGACGCCGGACACCGGCGAUGUCACCGCUUCUGCCUCGGAUGAUGUCACUGGUGACGUCACCUCAAAGUCAGCGGAUGACGUCAUCACUGGUGCCGGUGAUGUCAUCGCCCACCCCGCCCGUCCCCUCCCCGACGCCCUCUCCGCCUCCGGUUCUGCCGAGGCCCCGCCCCCUCCCGCGGCAGUUCCCGGUCUGGCCCCGCCCCCUGCGCUGAAGGUGGAGACCUCGCGGUCCGACGAGGAGGCGACAUCAUCGCAGACGCCGCAACAGGAAGUUCUUGUCGCCGCAGCAACCGUGACCCCGCCCCCUCUCCCUGCCGUCCAGGUGACAUCAUUGCGCCCGCGUCCGCUUCCCGUGAGACCAGAAGUGGCCGAGUUCCCACCGCCCCCCCCCCAGGCCCCGCCCUCCUUCCGCUUCAGCCUCCCCCGCGCGGGGGUCACGGAGAGGUCAACCCCGCCCCUGCCCCCAGCCCCGGGGAUCCCUCUGACCCCGCACUUCCGUCCGCCGCGGAUCCACGCGCACCUGGGGCCCCCGGCGCCGCCAGCGUCCCGCGGCCUCUACCACGUGACGUCGCGUGACCCCGCGGUGGCCUUGAUGACGUCGUCGGCGACGUCACCCGCGAGGAGGCCGCUCGUCCACGUGCGCCGGGGGAGUCGGCUGCGCCUGCGCUGCGAGGCCGUGGGGUUCCCGGCGCCACACGUGGUGUGGCGGCUGCCGUCGCGGAGGCUGCUGGACCGGUUCGCGGGCCCCGACCCCCGCGUGUCCGUGGCGCCCGACGGCUCCCUCUCCGUGGCCCCCGUGACCGAGCGCGACGCCGGCGACUACGCCUGCCUGGCGGGCGACGCUUCUGCGGCCUUCACCGUCCACGUCCUCGCCGGCGCAGACCCCGCCCCCUCCGGGUUCGCAUCCGGGUCCACGUACGGGAAAUACCGCGUGGCCGUGCGCCUCGCCGUGACUCCCGACCCCCCGUGGCGCGUGGCCGACGCCGCCACGUUCCCCGUGAUCUCCGCCCGCGUGGGGAGCAGCGUCCGCGUGGCCUGCAGGGGCGCGGCGGGGACGGCGUCGCCCGUGACGUGGCAGCUGCCGGACGGCACGCGGGUGACGUCACUCACGCCGGCGACGUCGUCGCCCCGCGCCCGCGUGGACCCGCGUGGGUGGCUCGCGCUCUGGCCGCUCGCGCCCGGGGAUGCCGGGCUUUACCGCUGCUGGGCGCCGGGCGGCGUCACCAGGGCCGUGGCCGUGCGCGUGGACUGAGCACCGCCCCUCCCCCCUCCCCGCUUCCGAGACUCAGGCUCUGCCCACGUUUUUGUGCCGCUUUCGGUCCACUUCCUGUUUACUUCCGGGUCGCUUCCUGUUGACCCCUGGCCGGGAGGUCGCGCAAUAAAACCUUU